CUAUGAUCUCGGGAUCACAUGAUUCCGCACUGACGUCUCACUAGACAGGCUGACAUUCGGCUUCCGUAGUUGCUGUGCGCUGCUGGGAGCUAAACAAAGAUGGCGGCCCCCGGUGUGUUGGCCACUGAAGAGGAUCGGGUGAGCCACAAACAAAGCAGAGCUCUUCUAAAGAAGGAAAAGCGAAGGAAGAAAAGACAGGCUCUUGCUAAAUUAAGAGAAGCAGAAGAGAAGAAAGAAGGUCAUGUCUCUGCUGAAGAAGAUAAUGAGUAUAAUGAAGAGUAUGAUGAAGAGUUUGAUUACACCCAGUAUGUGAUUGAAAGGCAGAGGUUGCAUGAAGAAUGGCUUCUUCGAGAGCAGAAAGCUCAAGAAGAAUUCAGAUUGAGAAAAGAAAAGGAGGAAGCAGCCAGGAAACGGGAAGAAGAGGAGGUAAAUAAUUGUAUGAUUUUUCCUUCUUGGCCAAUAUGGUAUAGAGCAACCUAACUUUUAAAGUACAAAAAAAAGUUGUAACAUUCAUGUUGUCAGAUCACCAUCCCUUACACCACAUGCCCUGGGCUCCAUUGGCCUGUGUUGUUGAAUGCAACGAGAACUGAUUGUUUCCAAUAAGCUCUGUUGAGUUGUGAUGGUGUGAAGUGGACCUUAGUGUGAGUUCUUUUAUCUGGAAUAGUGCCCCUUUCUCAGCUAGCUAAAUCAACCCUGCCCCUCUCGGUGCAACUCAGGGGAUUGGCCUUACCCUUACCCAAUUUCUAAGUGUACUACUGAGCUGCGGUGUUGGUGACUGAUGGUUUGAGGGCUCGCGCUCUAAUGCUGCGGUCGGUGUUGAGGCUGCCUAUAUGGGCUCCUUAUCACACUUAGAAAACCUAGUGUAUAGAGGAGGAAGAGCAUACAAUGAUGUACCGGGGCCAACUAGGCCAACGUUGUGAGUUUGGGAGGCUGCUCGGGAUUGGUUCCUGCGUAGGGAAUGCUGGUCAACUGUAUCUAUAAGGUAACCCUAGGUUUUCGAUCGGUUCCAAACCCUUAAGUCUGGGCAAGAUAUCUUGUAAGAACACUCUGGGACAUUAUGCCUGGGCACGCUACAGACCUUUACCCAGCUGGCUCAGUGUUCCAAUUUCCAGGUUGGAUGUUUUUUUCCGAUAUGCCCAGUUGAGGCAUGCUGCCAGAGCACAAUUCCCUGCUCAGCCUCUCCUACAGUUGCAUUCAGUUGAGCUACCAUCCCUGAGGGUUUUAGAGAAGCCACUCUCUGCAUUAUAUGGGACCUUACUUGUUACUGAUUCUCCUAAAAUUGAGAGACUAUAGGAUACAUGGAAACGGGAUAUACCCAACGUAGACUGGG